UUGAAUUAACCUAUCAUUUUCAAAUAUCCAUUUAAUAAUUUGAAUUUUCUUAACCAAUUAAUAGAAAUUGGCAUUUAAUGAGAUGACUGAAGAAGUUUGGAAUAUAGAUUGUUCGGACGAUGAAUUGAGAGAAGUUCAAAAGACUUAUGAGCCUGCUCCGGAAAAAUUAGAAGAACUGUACAAUAUCAUAGAGAGAGGUGAAAUUCCAGAAUUACGAUGGAAGAGUCCGGGUUAUCGAAUGCCUACCCCAGAAAGAAAGGAGCAACUUGAAGAAAACAAAACUAUAGAGAUUGAAAAUAAGUCUGACUUCGAUUUUAUGGAUGAGAUGGGAACACCUAAACUAAAAAUUCGUAAUAAGGGAGAAGAAACUCUGAAGGGAAGUGCCAAAAAGAAAACUACUUCUCUUGAUGGCGUUUUAAGCAAUAUGAGGAGACACAAUUUAUUACCUUCCAAAAAUAGCUGACCAAAACAAUCAUACUUCUGAAUGGAUGAAGAAUUUGUUGUAUAGAAUUCACAAAAUUGUAAAACGUUCAAGUGUUUUAUUUCUUUGAAUUAGUAAUAUAUUGAUCUAUUUCCA